AUUCAGAAUCAAAUAAAUACCUCUUAAAGGUAUCUUUUGUAAGAUCUCUACAGAGAAAAAUAUCUACUAUUGAGAAUACUGAAGAUUCAGAAUCUAUUAUAUUUGUAGUUGAACAAAUAGAAGUCAUAGAUAGAAUAUUCUAUGUUAAUGUAAAAGAUAUCAAUUAUAUUAAUAUUAAAAAAAGAAUCUCUGAUACAGUUCAAUUACCAAACUCAAACAAUACUGAAAGUAGACCCUCUGCAAAAUGCAAAAGAACUAAAGAAUCUUAUGAAUAUCUACUAGAAAUAGAAAAUACUAACUUUACUAUUAAUUGUAAACUUGAAACAAAUAAUAAUUUAACCAAAAAUACCAAACUGCAAAAAAAUCAAAAAACUUCUACUUGCAAUCAAAGAAAAGGUAAAAAACAGCUAACACAAAAUAUUGAAACUCCUCAAAAUUUAGACCAAGAAAUUGUUAAUUCUGAUAAAAAAUAA